AUGUAAGGUUAACCCAUCCCAUUCAUUGAAUUAAAGGAAAAUUAAACCUCAGAAGGAUUGGAAACUACUUUUGAAAUUCAUCCCUAAGCAAUUAAGAUGUUGUAAUCCAUUGCUGACAGAAAAGUAGCUGUUCUUACAAUUGCAGGUCCACAAAGAACAGGAAAGUCCUUUUUAGCUAAUAGAGUAUUAAAGAGAUAAAAGGGAUUUGCUGUUGGACCAACAACAAUGCCAUGUACAAAAGGUAUUUGGUUAUGGAGCUAGCCCAUUCCAUUAAAUGAAAAUACUUCUAUUUUGCUAAUGGAUACAGAAGGAUUGAACUCAGUCUAAAGAGACUUAGGAGUGGACACUAAAAUAUUCUCAAUAUCUUUAUUGCUAUCAUCGAUGUUUGUAUUUAAUCAAUUGGGUCACAUUGAUGAACAAUCAAUAGAGAAUCUCUCUCUUGUUAUUAAAUUAAGUGAGAAUGUCAGUGUAGGAUCAGAGGAUAAAAGUUUGAGUUAAUUUUUCCCAACAUUCCUUUGGGUUUUGAGAGAUUUCUCACUAGAUUUGAAAGGAAGAUCUCCAAGUGAAUAUUUGGAGUUUGCACUUUAAGAUUAAUCCAAUCCAGGUCCUGAUGGAGAGAGAAAGAAUCUUAUCAGAAGAAAGAUUAGAGAGUAUUUUAAAUUCAGAGAUUGUAUCUGUAUGGUGAGACCAAUUUAGGAUGAAAGAAGACUAGCUAGAGUAGAAGAAGAGGAUUGGAAUGCCUUAAGACCGGAAUUCAUUUCAGCUGUUUAAGAUUUUGAGAGAAGAGUUUCCAAGAACAUUCCUCCCAAGUAAAUUAAUGGCACUACUCUAACUGCAGAGAUGUUUUUGAAACUUUCCCUUGAAUAUGUUGAUGCCAUCAAUUCUGGAGGAAUCCCUUAAAUCUUAACUAGUUUAGACAGAGUCAUCUAAUAAGAAGCAAGAAAUCUUUUGGAAGAACUAAAAAGUCAAUACUCUAAAAAGUAUUAAGAUGCUUUGUAAAAGAUGAAACCUCCAUUUGAAGAUGAGGAGUUAAUCUAAUUAUAAAAAUAAAUUGAAGCUGAGAUCUUUUAAAGGUUAGAAUAGAAAUCCAAGGAAAUAAUUGAUAACUCUAAAAUAAAUAGUAUGAAAAAAGAAUUACAUGAAAUGAUGUCCCAAGACUUGUAAACAAGAUUGGAAAUUAAUAAAGAAUAAUCUACUACUGUUGCUAAUCAGAUCUUAUAGAAAUUUUUCAACACUUUUCAAAUCCCAGUCUUAGAAAAUGUUGACAGCAUUAAACCAUCUCUUUUAGUAGAUCAAUUUCAAGUUUACAGUCGCUUUUUUAAAUAUUACAUGGAAACUGUUAAGGGUCAUUAAAAGUACAAACAUUUCUCAGAAAAAGUGCCUUCGUUUUUAUUCAGCCACUUUGAAAAGCUGAUAUUGAGUGUUCAAAAAGUCUACAUCGAAGAAAACAAUUAAACUAAAAAGUAUCUGGUUUAAGCAAGGGAAGGGGAAGAAAGAUUAAGAAAAACCAUUGCAAAUUAAGAAUCCUUAUUGUAUGAAAUAUAAAAGGAAAGAGAUUAGUUAAAGUAUGAAGUAGAAAACUGGACCAGGGAGUCAAAUAAAUAAGAAAAAAUUAAAAGUCUUGAAUUAGAAGCUUGCUAAGCCAAGGUAGGUCAAUUAACCUAAGAAUUAUAAAAUAAAAAAGAAAAAAGCUAAAAAUUAAAACAAGAUUAUCAAAACUUACAAGAGCAACUUCAAAGAGUCAGAAAUGAACUUAAUGGAAAAAGAGUUGAAUGUUAGCAAUUACUGAAGAGGAUGAGUGAUGACAGUUAGUCCUUUAGAGAAUCAGGAGAAGAUAUUUCCAAUGAUUUGGUUUUACAAUAUAAAGAUAUGAAAUAAUAAGCUCAUUAGAUGAAUGACUUCUUUAAAAGAAGAGCCAUGGAUCACUCAUAACAAAGUAUCUUCCUCCAAGAGAUUAAUAAAUUAUAAUAAGAUAAGUUUAAUGAAAUCAUAAAACUCAGAGAGGAUUACAAACAAAAAAAAUAAAAAAUGAAAGAGGAUUUGGAGCAAGAAAAAAUUAGAAAAUCUUUGAAAAAUAAUCUAGAACAUUUUAUCAAAUAAAAUGAAGAAUUAAAAGCAAAGAAUAUGACCUAUUAUGAGAAAUAUGAGCAAGCACAAAAAAAUCAAUAACAUCUUAAGUAAAUGUCAGCAGAGAACUAAAGAUUAUCAUAAAGAUUGGAAGAAAAAUCAGAAAAUUUAGAUAUGCAUAUUCAAGUUAUUGAAAAUUUCACUAAAGAUAUAGAAAAGCUUACAAGUAUUCGAGAAGAUCUUGAAUAAAAGCUUGCAUUCAUGAAUUCUGAAAAGAGUUAAUUGGUUUCAUUUAAGGAGAGUUUUCCAUAUAUUCUAAAAGAGGCUUUGAAAUGGGUCUUAAAACAAAAUUCAAAAAUAAAGCAUGCUAUGAAAUCAGUAGGUGAAGAAGAGUAAAAAAUAAUUCGCGAUUGUUUUCAUGAAGUUGGUAUAAAUGUAUGA